CCCGGCUCUGCCCUCCGGCUGUUUGGGGGCGGGCCUGUCCGUCCGCCCCGCCCCUGGGCUGAGUCCCCUCGCCACCCGCAGGCCCGGCCUCUGAGCCCCCCGCGCCCCCCCAGCAUGGAGCAGGCCGCCCUCCGGGGCCGCUGAGGCGCCGCCCCACCAUGACCGGCGCGGCGGCCGGCACCCAGCGCUGCCCGCACCCCAAAGGCGCCAAGGGCGCCCGCUCCCGCAGCAGCCACGCGCGGCCCGUGAGCCUGGCCACCAGCGGGGGCUCGGAGGAGGAGGACAAAGACGGCGACGUGCUGUUCCACGUGAACAGGAGCGGCUUCCCCAUGGACAGCCACACCUGGGAGCGCAUGUGGGGCCACGUGGCCAAGGUGCACCCCCAGGGCGGCGAGAUGGUGGGCGCCAUCAGGAACGCGGCCUUCCUGGCCAAGCCCUCCAUCCCCCAGGUGCCCAACUGCAGGCUGGCGAGGAGCAUCCCCGACUGGCUGCAGGCCGUGCAGAGCUACAUGAAGACGCUGCAAUACAAUCACACCGGGACGCAGUUCUUUGAGAUCAGGAAGAUGAGGCCUCUCAGUGGGCUGAUGGAAACGGCCAAGGAGAUGACUCGCGAGUCCUUGCCCAUCAAGUGCCUGGAGGCCGUCAUCCUGGGCAUCUACCUGACCAACGGGCAGCCGGCCGUCGAGCGUUUCCCCAUCAGCUUCAAGACGCACUUCUCGGGCAGCUGCUUCCACCACGUGGUGCUGGGCAUCUACUGCAACGGGCACUACGGCUCGCUGGGCAUGAGCCGGCGGGCGGAGCUGAUGGACAAGCCGCCCACCUUCCGCACGCUCAGCGACCUGGUGUUCGACUUCGAGGACUCGUACCGCAAGUACCUGCACUCGGUGAAGAAGGUCAAGAUCGGGCUGUACGUGCCGCACGAGCCGCACAGCUUCCAGCCCAUCGAGUGGAAGCGGCUGGUCCUCAACGUGUCCAAGAUGCUGCGGGCCGAUGUCCGGAAGGAGCUGGAGAAGUUCGCGAGGGACAUGCGCAUGAAGAUCCUGAAGCCUGCAAGUGCCCAUUCCCCCACGGCGGUGAGAAGCCGGGGCAAGUCCCUGUCCCCUCGGAGGAGACAGGCCAGUCCCCCGCGACGGCUCGGCCGGAGAGACAAGUCGCCCGUGCUGUCGGAGAAGAAGGCGGCUGAGCUCAGCUCCCUGAACGAAGUGGGCUACCAGAUCCGGAUCUAGGUCCUCGGUGCCGCUCUCUGC